AUGUUGGAGGAAGAUCAAGCUAUUUUAUUGAAAUGUAGAAUAAAGGGAAUAUUUAAAAAUACAAAUCCAAGCAUUAACACAAUAACAGAUUUUAAACCAGCAGUUGAUUGGCUCAAACAGGACUAUUUUAAAACACCAACAAAAUUCAUAGGAAUUAAAUCAGAAAAAUUAGAAGAUGAAAUACAAGACAAAUCAAUUAUUAUAUUUAAAAGAAAAGGAGGAAAUAGUUUAGCAAAUCCUUUAAUUAAAGAGACUAUGUGGGCUAACUUUUCAGAAUUGAUUAAUAUUUUGAAAAAUUAUAUAAAUCCAGAAGAUGUACUUUCGAUGACUGAAUAA